AUGGAGCACUUCCCAUUGCUGCCGUUGGGCCUUAUUCCAACGCUCGAGAGCCACGUGCUGGCCGACUGCAAAACCAAACUGCAAGCGCUCCUUCAAACCCUUACGGAUGACCCAGAUGACGUGAGCCUCGGCCAUUACAUCAAGAAGGAAGUGGCCGUCAUCGUGACCGAGAUUGAAGACCGACGCGCGCGUCAGCGCAUCGCAGAUCUCGUUUUGGGAGUGCAGACGGCGACUCUGAUUGAAAUCGGCACCAAGGCUUCGGCACCCGAGCACAUCACAACGUCCACGGGCCAAAAUCAGCCGAGUGUUGCAAGGGUCCCAGCAUCAUCCCCGACACUUCCACCACAGCGGACGCCAACCCAAAAGCCAUCAACCCAAGCCAGCACUCUUCCCGCCUCGAUCAAGUCGGCGGUAUCUAAACCAGUGCCGUCCGCAAAGGCUUCCGAGACGGUGACGCCAGACGCGUCGUACGGUGCACCUCGUCGGCUCUCAAUCAAGGAGAUGCUCGCCAAAGCGAAAGCGUCGCGCGUCGCUGCGAAUGACCCGAGCGUGCGCUUCAUCAUCCAAAACACAGGGUCGCUCAAGCUCAAGAGACGCGGAACAGCAAAAGCCAAGGCGCCAAAAGAAGAGACGCCCGAGGAGCGACUUCAAAAGCAAAAAGAGCUGAGGCGUCAAGCCGCCCACGACCGUCUCGUUGCGCGCCAGGCCAAGAUGGCGCUCAAGAAGCAGCAGCACCAAGACGAUGCGUCAAGUGAUUCCGCCAGCGAUAUUGACGCCGCAAGCUCUGAUUCGGACGAAUACGUCGACGACGCCGUCCACGAAGUCUCCAUCGACCCGUUGCCAGACCCAACGCCGCGCGUCGAAGUCGAGACGGACGAGCGCAUCACGCGCAUCAACAACACCCUGUGCAGCAUUCAAGCCGCCGAGAAUUUGGCUCGUAUUCGAUCAGCCGGAGCUGCUCGUCAUGCCGUCGCCCUAGUCUCGGAGGAGGUUCCGUCGUCGACACCAAAUGUGACGGCACACGCAAACCACGAAGGCUUGGAGCUCUGUGCAGCGCCAACCACGGACCCUAUUGCACCUUCCGGCCCCAUUUCUCCAACCAACGUCGACAUCGACAGACAGACGGUGAGCUAUGUCGAGACACCACCACUUGCCAUCAGCGAAGACACGGACAGUUUGCUCGCUUUCAAUCGACCGUCCAAUGAGGAUGGUACCAGUCGAGUGGACGACGAGCCGCAGAGCACUCCUGACGACGACGACGACAAGCCGUUGCCCAGCUGCAGCAGCAACAAUAGCUGUGACGUCGAGUCGACAGCGGGCGACAGCAACGACAGCGACGACGACGGCAAUGAGUCGGGAGAUGACGAGAAGGUGCCGCCGUAUGUGCCCCCUGUGUACGACAAGUCGGUUUUUCACUCGUCGAUCCCGAUGCAGCUGCUUGAGACCGCCUUGGACAAGAUGAUAAAGACCCAGGAGGCUGUCGCUCCACCGUUACCAGAAUGGUUCCAAGCGCAACGCGAGUCAAUCGAGAAGCUCGUGACACCACGUGCGAUUGUACCUUCUCCGCGGCCGGCGCAAUCCAUGGGCCACGCGCGCCAGAUCCUUCACGAUCUCGUGGCGAGCCAGAACCAAAUCAAAUCGUAUCAAGCAAGCGUCGAGAGCACGCUUGCGUCCCUCGCACCGCCGCCACCUCGUGAAUUCACGCCCGAAUUGGCGCCCAAAACUCUGCGUCCCAAGUCGUCAAAACCAAGGCUCGCACCACGAUCCACGGCGGCCCGCAACAGCACGAACCAAGAAACGCCCGAGCCGACAUUAUUGCGUCGGUCGGCCAAGUCGACGCCGCGUCUGCAUGUCAAAGCAGCGCCCGUGCUGCCACUGGUCCCGUCCAUGCCACCACUGUGUACGGUCGACUACUCGAAAUACUACAAGAACUUUCUGUGCAUCAUGACCUCCUUUUACGAGAAAGCGUCGACGGCCAAUCCGAAAGAAGCCCUUUUGCAAGGCGAGACGGCGCUACGCUUCCAGCUCAAGCUCUACACCAUCUGGAAGAACGUCAUGCACGACUACGCAACCGUGUUUGGUGUCGACGGCUUGCUCAAGACCAGCCGCGCCGCUUCGUACGUGUACGAUGGUGCGCAGUCGACGCCGUUUACCGCGCAGUACCGUAUCAACUCGUCGUCGCGGCUUGAAGUGUUUGGAAUCGUGGCGCAGGCGGUGAAAAAGCUGCCCGACUGGGAGGAAUUGCCCGUGGACCUUGGCCUGAACACGACAUGGAAUCUCUUGUGGACGUGGAGCAAGCCGCGUGUCGAUCGCCAAACGCUCCUGGUGUGGCAAAAAGUCAACCACUUUGCGGGCGCCAAAGCACUCACACGCAAGGACAUGCUCAAGAAGAGUUUGCAUCGCUACACGUCGCUCGGUGGCGAACGCCUGAAGAGCUUUGACAUUGCCCCCGAGACGUUUAUCUUGCCAAACGACUAUAUUCCGUUUGUGCAAGCCUUCAAGAAACGUGGCGACGCGAUCGGUCCAACCAAAAACGUCUGGAUCAUGAAGCCCGUCGCGCUCUCGCGCGGGCGCGGCAUCUCGCUUCUCAACGACCUCGGGCAAGUGGCCUACGGCGAAGCCGUUGUCGUGCAAAAGUACAUUGAGAACCCGCUCUUGCUCGACGGCUUCAAGUUUGACUUGCGUCUCUACGUCUUGGUCACGUCCUUCAAUCCGCUCGAGGCCUUCUUUUACCAAGAAGGCUUUGUGCGUAUUUGCACGCACCGCUACUCGUCCGACGCGACCGACAUCAACGAUCUCUUCAUGCACCUCACCAACAGCAGCAUUCAAAAAUACGGCGACAUGGACCAAGUCGCCGACAACCCGGUGAAUAAUGCGUCCACGACCGAAGCCGGUGGUACAAAAGCGAGCUUGGCAUACCUCUGGUCGCGGCUCGCGGCCGUGCACGCCCCCGUGGAGCAGAUCAAAGAAGACAUCAUCCACGUCAUUCUCAAGUCGCUCGUGGCAGGCGAGGACGCGAUUCCGUACCAAGUCAAUUCGUUUGACGUAUUUGGCUACGACAUUUUGCUCGACGAAGCGUACCGGCCGUGGCUCAUCGAGAUCAACUCGUCGCCGUCCAUGGCGCGCGAAAACAACUUGGAUUACGUCAUCAAGGACGCGCUCAUGCACGACACGAUGCGCGUGGUGCAGCCGCUGCACUUUGAUCGCGCGGCGCUCAUUGCGAUCCUCACGCGCCGGUUGGACGACAUUGCAAAGGAGCGCAAGCGACCGAAUUUGCUCCACCCACUCGAAGCUGAAGAGCGGACAAAGCGCCAACUCAACGCGGAUCUCCACGAUAUUUUGCACGGCGCGGUGCCCCGCGAAUACGGCGAACUCCCGGACGAGCUCGGGAACUUUCUUCGCAUUGCGCCGAGUCCGUGGCACAAUGCAGUGAUGAAGCUCAAGCGCAGUUGCUUUCGCGACAAGACGCCCAAGCCAUAAUAACGAGUCGAAUGCUAAAGCAAACAUGGCGUGUUCUCAGUCGC